AUGGCUAUCGUGAAGAGAGGCGCUCGUACGCGCAAACAGCAACUGCAACAACAGGAACCACCAUCCAAAUCCGGGAUCAAGAAGGCAGAAUUUGAUUUACAUAAGAAGAAAGAAGUUGGGGUCUCUGAUUUAACAUUGUUGUCUCAAAUCACUGAUGAUGCCAUCAAUAACAACUUGAGCAAACGGUUUAUGAACGACACCAUUUAUACGUAUAUUGGCCAUGUCUUGAUCUCAGUUAAUCCGUUCCGGGAUUUGGGGAUUUACACGGUGGAUACGUUGCGGAAAUACCAAGGCAGAAAUAGACUAGAGGUGCCUCCUCAUGUAUUCGCUAUAGCCGAGUCCAUGUACUACAACUUGAAGAGUUACGGGGAGAACCAAUGUGUGAUCAUCUCCGGAGAGUCUGGUGCUGGUAAGACCGAAGCUGCUAAGCAGAUUAUGCAGUAUAUUGCCAAUGUAUCAGUUGAUAAUGGCAAUGAAGACAUCACCAAAAUUAAGGACAUGGUAUUGGCCACUAACCCGCUUUUGGAGUCGUUUGGGUGUGCCAAAACAUUGAGAAACAAUAACUCUUCCCGUCAUGGUAAGUACUUGGAGAUCCAAUUCCACCCACUGUCCUUCCAACCCAUUGCUGCCCACAUUACCAAUUACUUGUUGGAGAAACAACGGGUGGUUUCCCAGAUCACCAACGAACGGAACUUUCACAUCUUCUACCAAUUCACCAAGCAUUGUCCUCCUCAGUAUCAACAGAUGUACGGGAUCCAAGGACCAGAAUCGUAUAUCUACACUUCUGCUGCAAAAUGUAUUGACGUUGAAGGAGUGAACGACAGUAAGGACUUUGAUGAGACCUUGAAGGCUAUGCAAGUCAUUGGGUUGUCUCAAGCUGAACAAGAUAACAUUUUCAGAAUGUUGGCACUGAUCUUGUGGAUAGGAAACAUCUCCUUUGUGGAAGAUGAAAGCGGUAAUGCAGCCAUUAGAGAUGAGAGUGUCACCAAUUUUGUAGGCUAUUUGUUGGAUGUUGAAGGUGAAAUCUUAAAGACAUCUGUUAUUGAAAAAGUGGUGCAAACUUCCCACGGUAUGAAGCGAGGCUCAACUUAUCAUGUUCCAUUGAACAUUGUCCAAGCCACUGCUGUUCGUGAUGCCUUGGCCAAGGGGAUCUAUAAUAACUUGUUUGAAUGGAUUGUUGAAAGAGUUAACUUGUCUUUGAAGGGUACGUCAUCUUCUAAUAAGUCUGUGGGGAUUUUGGAUAUUUAUGGGUUUGAAAUUUUUGAUCACAACUCAUUUGAACAACUUUGUAUCAAUUAUGUCAAUGAAAAAUUGCAACAAAUUUUCAUUCAAUUGACUUUGAAGGCUGAACAAGAAGAAUACGUUCAAGAACAAAUCAAAUGGACUCCUAUUGAUUAUUUCAACAAUAAAGUUGUAUGUGAUUUGAUUGAAGCCACUCGUCCUCAACCAGGGAUCUUUGCAGCUUUAAAUGACUCUAUUAAAACGGCCCAUGCCGAUUCACAAGCUGCUGACCAAGUUUUCGCUCAAAGAUUGAACAUGUUUGGGUCUACCAAUAAACAUUUUGAAGACCGUAGAGGUAAAUUCAUCAUCAAACAUUAUGCUGGUGACGUGACCUAUGAAAUACUGGGAAUGACCGACAAAAAUAAAGAUGCUAUGCUACGUGAUCUUUUAGAAAUGUUGUCUACGUCUAAGAAUCCUUUCAUUAAUCAAAUUCUUUUCCCUCCAGAAUUGUUGGCUAACCAAACAGAUUCCAAAAAGAGACUGGAAACAAGUUCAGAUAAAAUUAAAAGAAGUGCAAAUGCUUUAGUGGAAGCGUUAUCUAAAUGUCAACCUUCAUACAUUAGAACUAUCAAGCCUAACCAAACCAAAUUACCAAGAGAUUAUGAUAACCAACAGGUUUUACAUCAAAUCAAGUAUUUGGGUUUGAAGGAGAAUGUUCGUAUUAGACGUGCAGGGUUUGCAUAUCGUACUACGUUUGAGAAGUUUGUUCAAAGAUUUUAUUUAUUAUCACCCAAAACUGGGUAUGCUGGUGAUUAUAUUUGGAAUGGAGAUGAUAUACUGGCAGUCAAGGAGAUCUUGAAGUCAUGUUUUAUACCAACUUCAGAGUAUCAAUUAGGUACCACCAAAGUAUUUAUUAAAACUCCAGAAACUUUGUUUGCCUUGGAAGAUAUGAGAGAUAAAUAUUGGCAUAACAUGGCAGCCAGGAUCCAAAGAGCUUGGAGACGUUAUGUUAAGAGAAAGGAAGAUGCUGCCAUCACCAUGCAACGAGCUUGGAGAGAAAAGACACAUGGUAACAAGUAUGAGCAAUUGAGAGAUUAUGGGAACAGUUUGUUACAUAACAAUAAGCAACGUAGAAGAAUGUCUAUGUUGGGUUCCAGAGCAUUUAUGGGUGAUUAUUUGAAUUGUAACGAUCUGGAUGGUUAUGGUAGAUUUGUGGUUAAUCAAGCUGGAAUUAAUGAGCCUGUGGUAUUCUCUUUAAAGGGAGAUAUUUUGAAAGCUGCAUUCGGUCGUUCAUCCAAGAGACUCCCUAGAAUCUUUAUUCUAACCUCCAGAUCAUUAUACGUUGUUGCCGAGGUACUUGUUAACAAACGUCUUCAAUUACAGAUUGAACAUACUAUACCAGUAAAUGGUAUCAAGUAUUGUGGUUUAUCAACUCUACAAGAUGAUUGGGUUGCCAUUUCAUUGCACACUGCUAGUGUAACCACACCUGAUCUUUUUAUUAACUUGGACUUCAAGACUGAAUUGGUAACCCAUUUGAAGAAACUUAAUUCUGCUAUCACCAUAAUGGUUUCAGAUAACAUUGAAUACCAAAAGAAGCCUGGCAAAUAUCAUAGCAUUAAAUUCCAAAUGGGUACUGUACCAGGUAUGCCUCCACAUGGAGACUCUUAUAAAUCCGGAACCGUUACUGUACCCCAGGGUUUACCAGCCAAUAGCAAGAAUCCCAAGAGACCUAGACCGAAGGCGGGUAAUGUUGACUACAGCAAAUAUUAUAACAGAGGAGCGGCUAUGAAGACGACUAAAAGUCAUGUUACUCCAACGCCAGUUGCAAGUCAUCAUGCUCAAAACCCAUAUCCUACAGCGGUUAAACCUCAAAGGAAAGCACCUCCACCGGAACCAGUUCGUCAACAACAGCCACCACAAAGAGUUCAGCCAGUACAACCAGUACAACCAGUACAACCAGUACAACCAGUACAACCAGUACAACCAGUACAAAGAGUACAAUCACAGCCUGUUCAACCAGCUCAAUCCAGGCCGGUGAAGAAGGCUGUACCUAUUCCUACCAAGCCCAAGAAAGCAGCACCUCCUCCACCACCACCAGUUGAAGUUUCCAAGCCCAAAUUCCCUACUUAUGUUGCUAUGUUUGACUACGAUGGUUCAGUACAGGGCUCAAUUCCACUUGUUAAAGAUACAGUCUACUAUGUUGCUCAAAUCAAUGGUAAAUGGGGUUUAACCAAGACAUUAGAUGAAACCUGUGAAGGUUGGUCACCCAUUGACUACUUAAAAGAGUGUGCACCACCUGCAGUCCCAGUUGCCAAGGCGCCACCACCACCAGCUCCAAUACAACAUCAACAACAUCAGCAACCCAUAUCCAAUACGUCUUCUGUUACAUCAUCAGUUGGAGGAUCUCAAGCAUCUACCAACCAAACCUCUGUGGGAUCUAAUGGAGGAGGCUCAUUGGGCAAUGGAUUGGCCAAUGCACUCAAGCAUAAGAAGCAGGAAGAAGUUUCAUUGGCUGGAUCUUUAGCUGAUGCCUUGAAGAAGAGACAGGUUGCAACCAGAGACAGUGACGAUGAAGCAGAUGACGAUGAUGAUGAUUGGUGA